AUGCUCUCAGGAACUCAUAUUCUUGGAUUCGUUUCAGACCUAGACUCGCGGCGGCUCGGGGCGGCCGUGGGGUUCGCGGCCGUCGCGGCCGUCGCGGCCGUCGGAACUCCUUCCAAAUCGGCACUCGCCUUCUCUUUUUCCUCCAGAAGCUUCGCCAGCGGCAGAGCUUCCUCAGUUUCAAGCGCUGCGAUCGGUGUAACGCUAGCCUGGCGGCGGGGUUUCGAUUCUUGCCGGAUAAUCACCGCCGUCCGAUCCGAUGGCAGUGCCGGGCCGCUGCUGAGGACGUGUAAGAACUGCAAAGCUCAGUUCGAUCCCUCGAUCAAUCAUCCCGGCGCGUGCCGAUUUCAUACCGCGCAUUUUGGGGGUAGGGUUCAUUUAUGGUUUGUUUGGCUGCAACCCCUCUUUCUCUGUUGUGGUUCUGAAGAUCCUUUUGAUCCUGGAUGCACUGCAGCUCCUCAUUCUUCUUAUGAUGAAUAGUACGCUAUGUCCUUCCCUGAAGAGAUAUAUUUUACGUUUUGUAUGUAUACAUUGCUCCUUUUUUUCUCUUCUAUAUAUCAUUG